AUGCCUUCAAAAAAAGAGAGGACGUGUUUUGUUCCCCUUUGUAGGGGCGGUUACAAGUCGUCUACAGAAAAGGUUUCAUUGUUCCGCGCUCCAUCCGACCCUGUGCGCUUGAAGGAAUGGGCUAGGAGUAUCAAGAGAGAUGACAAUGUGCUUAGUGAAACCUGUGUUGUGUGCUCUCGCCACUUCAACGAGCGAUUCGUUCAAAGAACGUUCAAGCAUGUAAUCAAUGGCCAGAUUGUCGAGCUCGACCGCGAACGUCCAACGCUUACUGAAGACGCCAUUCCUACAAUUUUUCCGGACGCACCAUCUUAUUUCACGAAGCAACUGCCGAAAAACAGAGCAGAAAGAAACCUGGACAAGAGCGAUACCCGGCCAGCGAAGCGCAGAGCUCCGAAUAACGACCCAGCUGAAGCCAUCGAAACACUGGCCUGCACUGAUGAAACGCCGCAAAGACAGUGCCCGCUCGGAGAAAUCGAGUUACCGUCGGCAGUCUGCAGCAAGAUUCUGCUGCCAUGUGGUGCCACUGCUUUGUGCUUCGCGUGGCACACCGUCACGGAGCCAGGCGAUGUCCGUGUCGUAAAGCACGUUACGUUUUCGACGUCCACGGAAGCUGCUACUACGCCGGAAAACUCUCAUGUUUGCAGAGUGUUUUGCCGCGGCAUUAAGACGGAAGAGUUUUGUGUGAACAACGAGUGUGAUGCUGCCCAGGCAUUGAAGAAGGUCGACGAAAUGCUACUUUGUCCCGGGUGUGGCAUUGAGCCUGUCACCGGCAGUCAGUGCAUGCAGUUUGGUCCAGCGCACUUCUCAAAGAACUGCCGUGUGGUCAGCCCCGAUGGAAAGCCCUGUUUGCACUGCAAAUACACCAGGAAACUUGUUAAAAACCAAAUGUGUAGAUUGAAGAAAAAGGAAGCGAAAACAAUUUUCAAACGUCGCAUGGCCAGGAAAUCACUUGAAUUGUUCCGAACAAAGAAAAGACUGGCACAGGCAUAA